GAGCGGCAACACAUCGCUCGCACUCGCUCAGUAUCGCUCACGCGUCGCGGCGGGAGGUUGCGUCGCGAUGAACUCCAGCUCUCGGCAGUACCGCGAACGACUCAUUGACGAGGUGAAGAAAUAUCCAGUGCUCUAUGACACGAGGCACGAGAACCAUCGAGACAUCGAUGUAAGGGAUCGAUGCUGGUUGGAGAUAUCCGAGCGGCUUGGAGUAAACAGUGAGGUGCUAAAACGGGAAUGGAAGAUCCUGCGGGACUCGAUGCGCCAGGCGCUGAAGAGGAGCAAGAAAGGUUCCAAGUCCGGGAACCCCUGUAAGAAAUGGCAAUACCAAAGCCGGAUGGCGUUCGUGUUGCCUUACAUGACCAUGAGGAGAAAUCAAAGACAUCCAAUCCGCGAAAACAUAAAAGCAGACGAGACAGAAACGCAAUCAGACCAAGAGCCCGAAGUCUGGGACCCUGGUAACGUAGACCAGGAUUCCCUGGACCUGUUCUUCGCCAGCGUCUGCCAGAGCACCAAGCGCCUCCCGAAAAAGUACCAGGGAAUGAUAAAACGGCAGGUUUUGGACGUACUGCUACGAGUCGAGGAUGAGUAUGACAACGAACAUGAUGAGAACAAAGAUGGCGUCACUAAAAACUUCGAUUGAGGACUGACGUUUAGGUUAAGAUAUUAAGGUUAAGACGGGAAUGAUUAAAAUUUAAAACAAUCUUGUAUUGGAUUUUAAUAGAGAUUUUUAUUGUUGGAGGUCCAAAUCCCGUUUCUAAAUAUCACAAUGCCUGACUGGCAUUUUGGAUAUUCAAGGGAGGUAAUUAACUACCACCAGGUCCACUAAUAUCUGCAUAUGAUUUUACAAUGUAUACACUGCUCAGUGUUAUUACCGAACAUUAUAAGACUUAAUUUCUGACACAGAGCCGCUGCAAUAAAGAAUCAAGUAUUCUGUUAUCCGAAGUUGUUAUGCGUAAGUGAUUAACUCUAGAAAAUCCAGUAUCCAUACAUAUUUUUUAGAAUUCCUUCCUUUUUCCAAAUUAUUCUUAAAUUGCAAGUUAACGUACGAAACAUUCCAGGAAUUGCUUAAAAACAAUCAGUUUUUCUUUCUGACAGUAUGAAGUGCUCUGAAGAGUUUUUCCUCCCCCCGCUAGGGUUGAUCAGGCAAGACUCACCUCCAACAUUGAUUGAUGAACUGACGGAUAGGAAUUCCGCGCAGUCGGCUCCGUCGCUGUUCUUUCUACAAUUUAGAAAAUGUAACCACGUUUAGGUAUUGAGUUGGAAUUAUCGGUUUUUAUUUUAAUUUUAUAAUAACUGUAAUAACAUUUAUAAGAAUUGUAAAUGGAAAGUUGCGUCAUUACGGUUAAAAAAUAUGUUGAUCUGUCUUACUGAUUGUAUAUCAAGUAUUCUUCACGAUGGCUAAUGUCUAUGUUAUGAUAUGAAUGAAUGUACUUUUGCUAAUCAGUACAAUUACAAUAUUUUUCGUAUCAGUUUUA